AGGAAACAGCAUGGAGACGGAGGAGAGGCGAAGGAGUGGGGCGUCCUCGAAAACCUCCAAAAAAGUUGGAAAACGUGUCAAAGCACUGACCGCGGAAGAAGAAGCAAGAAGGAGAGAGGUGGUGAAAGAGAAGCUGAGGGAGAAGCUGGAGCUUGAGAGAAGAGCUCUGAAGAUAGUGGAGCGUCUCCUGGAGGACAGUGUGGCUGAAGACUUCCUGGUUGACUGUGCAAAAUUCAUCACUCCAGCUAAUUACAAAGAUGCUGUGGAAGAGAGAUCCAUUGCUAAACUGUGUGGUUACCCCAUAUGUCCUAAUAACCUGGGCAAGAUCCCAACUCAGCAGUAUAAAAUUUCUACUAAGACCAAUAAAGUGUAUGACAUUACAGAGCGCAAGUGUUUUUGUAGUAACUUCUGCUACACAGCCUCCAAAGAGUUUGAGCUACAAAUAUCAAAGACACCUCUUUGGCUCAGGCAGCAUGAGAGCCCUCCACAAAUUAAACUGAUGAAGAAAGGAGACAGUGGGAGCUCUGGUGAGGAGGUGCUGCUGUCAGAGAGGUGUCUCCAAGAAGAGGACAUCGAGAACCCACUGGCUGCUCAGCCUGAGUACCCUCACAGCUCUCAGCAGCAUUAUCCCGCAGGCAGCCACAGCGACAGCAGCGAUGUGGAACAAGAGCAGGAUUUUGUCUCCAGCGUGGUCUCCCGGCAGCAGGGACCCAGGGUGCACUGGGGUGACCUGCCUAAACGCAGAGAUGGAGACGAGAAAGGAGAGCGAGAGAAGAUGCAGAGGAGAAAGAAACAGAGCGGAGAGGGAAGAGGAGAAAAAGAGGAGAUCGAGCAUCACCAAAGUCAGGAUACAGAGAGGGAGGGAAAAAUGAAAGAAGAUAUGCAAAGGAAAGUGUCACAUGCAUGUAAAACCGAUGUUAGAACUGAUGCUGAGCAGCUGCACAUAAUAAAUACUGACCUGGCAGCACCAGAGGAGAAAGACUUGCCUGAAGAAGCCCGUGUGGAAGAGGCUACAGCUAAGCUGAAUUUGUGCAGUUUGUCUGAGACAGUCUCUCACACUGUUUCCCUGCCCGUUGACUUAACACCUGCACAGGCAGGACACACUACACCAAUCACCUCUCCUCCACUUACUGACUCAAAACCCCCAACAGAAACCAAAUGUCUCUCUUCUUCAACACGAGCCACUACUGAUCUGAACAGCCAAAACACGACCGUGUCUGCCCAGCCAGGACUUAGCAUCACCAGGGUGGGUAUGAGCAAGAAAGGGGCGGCAGGGCUACGAGACCUACUCAAGAACCAUACUGCUGCACCCAGACCUGACUCUGUCCGGCAGAAUCUCCUCGAGUGCUUGAGAAGAACCCUGAAAGAAUGGGGCACUGAUGAGACCUUGAAGUUCCUGUACGGUGCUAACUGUUCACUAAGCUCUUCAUUUGCUGAUGUAAAAGAGGAAGAGGACGAUGACAGAGAGGAGGAGCUGGAUGAAGAUGACCUUGAGGAUGAGGUGACAGUGGAGGAUGGUGAUGUCCUGAAGAAGCCGACAGCUGCAGCUCCAGACUAUGAGACGUUGAGGAAGGAGACCCAGCAUCUGGAGCUCAGAGUCAGGGAGUUUUAUAAAGGGACGUGGAUUCUGCCUGAGGAGUCAGAGGCCCCGAAUGGAAACCAGGUGACUGUCCAGGACCAGGGCGUGGUGGACCCAGUUCUGCCGCUGGUUGACUCUAAUGCCCAGCAACUCAUCCAGAAACGAAUCACAGUGGAGAAGCUCACCAGCUGUCUCAGAAACAUUGUGGGUCCGCUGCGUCUCACCAUGAGUGACAUCUCCACUGACCUGAACAGCCUGGUCAGGACGUUCAGGUUCACUAACACCAACGUCAUCCAUAAAACUCCAGAGUGGACCCUCAUAGCUGUGGUGCUUCUACAUUUGUUGUCAGAGGUGUCUCUUGUGGUGCGAGAGGCCUUGGAGACGCCGGCAUCAGUGGAGUAUUUGAACACGCUGAUGGAAGAGCUCGGUCUACAGGAGCAGGAUAUAUUGAACUUAGUCCAACUGUUUAAAAUCCCAACACACUGACACACACACACACAGAGCCAGGCAUGGACAUACGAAUUAUAAAUAUACAUUACAGAGCCCUGACCGAAUAAAAUAAAUGUGUGUAUCAGAUGUUUCAUGUAAGGUAUAUUUUUCAUAAAUAAAUUUAGUUGUAAUAACAGUUAA